GAAGUGUCAACUAUCCGCGUGUCGUCCAUGUUACGAAUGUGGUGUGACUUAUUUUUGUUUUGUAAUAAAUUUAAUGCGAGUGAGGUGCACAUGUGAAAUGAUACAAAAUGAGUUAUCUUAUGUAGUGAAACUUUGCUCUGGCUGAAUGGAUCCCAACGUGGGGUGGUAUCAGCCCGAGCAGGAAGGACCCGCGAAGCGAUUGUGGCUUCGUAUAUGGGAAACUCAAAGUGAAACAGACAAAAUGAACCUUAAAAACUUAGAAAACGCAAAUCCUAAUGUUAAUAAAGCUCCAGACUUUAUACCUAUUAAUGAUGUGAAUGGUGAAAAUAGAAAUAAUAAUUAUUUUAAUCCAACACGGAGGAAAACGAACGAUAACCGCGCAUCAACAUUUAACCUGAAUCAGAACCACGAUGCUCUCAUAGGUGAAUACGGCGGAUGCCCUUGGCGGAUACCGAGUUAUAAUUACAAGCCUGGGAUUCUCGGGCUGCACGAGGAGAUCGAGCACUUCUACCUGUACAUGUCUCCCACGGAGACGGAGCACCUGGUGCGGUCGACCGUGGUGACGCGCAUCCGCAGCGCGAUCCUGUCGCUGUGGCCGCAGGCGCGUGUCGAGGUGUUCGGCUCGUUCCGCACCGGCCUAUACCUGCCCACCAGCGACAUAGACCUCGUCGUCAUUGGACAAUGGGAGAAACUGCCCCUGUGGACGCUGGAGCGGGAACUGGUGAACCAGGACAUCGCGGAGAAGGAGAGCAUCAAGGUGCUUGAGAAGGCCACCGUGCCCAUUGUCAAGAUGACUGACAAGUACUCCGACGUUAAGGUGGACAUAUCAUUCAACAUGAGCAAUGGAGUGAAGAGUGCAGAGCUCAUUAAGCAAUACAAAGAGAAGUAUCCGGUACUGUCGCGCCUGGUGAUGGUGCUGAAACAGUUCCUGCUGCAGCGCGACCUGAACGAGGUGUUCACGGGCGGCAUCUCGUCGUAUUCCCUCAUCCUCAUGUGCAUCAGCUUCCUCCAACUGCACCCGCGACCCGAGCGGUUGCGCCAGCCCCACAACUUGGGUGUGCUGCUCAUCGAGUUCUUCGAGCUGUACGGCCGCAAGUUCAACUACGUGAAGACCGCCAUCCGAGUCAAGAACGGUGGCUCCUACGUCUCUAAGGACGAGAUACAGAAGGAGAUGAACGAUGGGCAUCGGUUUUCGCUGCUGUGCAUCGAGGAUCCUCUCACGCCUGGCAACGACAUCGGCCGCUCCAGUUAUGGCACCAUUCAAGUCAAGCGGGCCUUCGACUACGGGUACAUCAUCCUGCAGCAGGCGGCGGCGGCUCGCGGCGCGGCAGGCGGCCCUAGCGCCCUCGGUCGCGUGGUGCGUGUCACGGACCACGUGCUCCAGUACCGGCGCUGGGUGCGCGACACCUUCGAGCCGUACUUCUUCCCGCUGCGGGUGCCGCCCCGCCCCGCGCCCGCCCCCGCCCCGCCCCCGGCGCUCCCGGGCGCGCGCACGUCACCUCCGCCGCUGUCAGCGCUGCAGUGCUCGUCGCCAACGCCGCGCCGCGUGUCCGCGCACCAGUCGCUCAUCAUCCUGCACCACAUCACCAGCAACUCGCAUUUCAACAACAUGCCCUCGCGUGUAAUGCAGCAUCGGCUGAGCGACAACACAAUCUCCAACAAUAGCAACAGCAACGGGAACAGUAACAGCAACAGCAGCAGCAGUAAUAACAACAACAGUGGCAGGGGUGACGGCGUGGGCUCUGAUCACAAGCGAUCGGGGCGUUCAUUCUCGUCCAAGCAGCGGCGCUACACGGCGUCUCCGCCACGGUUCCGCGCAGAGCCCGCCCACUCACGACACAAGAAGAGGCGCCAGCUGGCGCAGCCGCGGUCAUAGCGGGGUGAUAAAAACAGUUUAUCUCACAUGAAACCAUGUU